AUGGCAUCGGCUUCGUUUCGCGAUUCAAUCAACUCCCUCGGCUGGUCGCGACGUAAUACGGACUUCCCAGUAACCACAACCCCACAGCGUGGUUUCCUGUCAUCUCUUCAAUCCCUCAACCCAUUUCGCGACCGUGGCUAUGUCCAACUUCCAACAACCGAGGGCGCAGGGGCGCCUUUGCCAGCCCCAACCCGCCGCGAAGAGGAGGAAGGGUGGUUUGCCUUAAGUCGAUGGGAUCGGCUGCUGAUAUUCAGUGCCUGUAACCUGGGCGCUCUUGCUUGUUUCGUCAUAUGCUUCGCCCUGUUCCCCGUCAUCUCUCUCGGCAGGCCGCGAAAGCUAGUUGUCCUAUGGACCUUAGGAUCGAUUCUUUUCCUGUCGUCGUUCGCCGCCAUCAUGGGCCCGUUGGCCUACCUACAACAUCUGCUCUCUACCCCGCGGCUACCUUUUACAGCGGCUUACUUUGGAUCGCUCGGACUGACCUUAUACUUUUCCAUCGGUCUUCAAAGCACCCUUCUCACACUGUUUGCCGGGCUCGCCCAGCUAGCUGCCUUGGUAUGGUACCUUGUGAGCUACUUCCCGAUGGGCUCCAGCGGAUUGCGCCUUGUGAGCAGUUUUGGUGCCCGCAGGGCAGCAGCCUGGAUGACGGGGUGAUGAGAGACAGGGGACAUGGGGUAUGGCCGGCUCAGAAAAUGAUGUAUAGUCAACACCGGCUGGUGUGCUCUCUGCAUAUCUUGUCGGGCGAUUUGCUUCUCACAGCC